AUGGGAUUUUUAACGUGGCUUUUCAGAUCUCGCAAAUGUACGCUGAGUCGUGCCCAGCUCCUACAGGGCGUUUAUCUCUUGCCCCGCUGCCCACUCCCCCACCCAUCACCACCCACUCUGUGCCCACUAACACCCUCAGAGUGCACGCCCGCUGCCCACUCCCUCCCUCCCUCCCAGCCUCCAGUGCCCUCCCCCCCAGCAUCCAGCGCCCACAACCGCCCUCCAUUUGUCCCUCCAGUGCCCACCCACCGCAUGCUCCUACCCCCUCCCAGCACCCACAACCCACCUUCGCCGCUCUCCCUCAUUCCAGCCCCCACUGCCCACAGCCCAAUUCACUUUCGUCUUGCCCCUUGUGCUCACUGCCCACUGCCGCCCACAACCACCACCCACGAACGCGACCCAAGCCACCUUGAUUGA